UUCAAAUACGUCUUCAUUCGUUGCGUGUGAGAUGAUGUCGGAAUUCUCGCUCAUCAUCCUCGUAGCCAUAUCAGUUUUAUACAGCGUUUUUGCAGAUGAUGAUGGACAUCAUCACCAUGUGAUAAUCCAUGUGCCGUACAAAAUUCAUACCGUCCACCACAUUAAGCAUAUUCACCAUCAAAAAAAAGGUGCCGACGAAAAGUACGAAGUGCUCGGUUAUACGAUUGGAAAACCUAUCGACUUAAGUCAUCAAUUGGGUGAGCAGCACUAUGAAUCACAUUUGCCGCCUCCACCCCUACCACCACCAAUACCGAUACAUCACCAUCACCACGAAUCCACGUCAUAUCACCACCAUCCGGAAGAAACACAUCAUCACGAGUUCAGUGGUGGGAACGAACUUGGAUAUGGCCACGAAUGGUCACCAAGCUUUGGACGUGAAUUUAAUGGGGGAGGUCCACUUUACGAUAAUCAUGCAAAUUUUGGUGGAGGCAACGAGUUCGCUGGUUUUAAUGGAUACGACUAGUUUAUGUACGGAAAAAACAUUCAAUUAUUCUUUGUUGAUUUUUCGGAUGUUUGUUGCUUGUUUCAUUUAUGUGAAAAUUUGUUUAUCAUGUGCUGAAUGUUACAAUAAAU